AUGCAACCACCGGCGAGUCAGAGGCAAGACCCGGCAGUGGAUGAUCAGUUGCUGUACACUCUUGCUGCGAAACAGCGGGAGAUGUCUGAAUUGGAGUCCCGGAUGGCUGUGCUGCGCAAGGAGGUCGCUGAAUUGGAGUCCCAAGUGUGCGAGUCCCGCGGUUACCGCCCAGAGGGCAACGGCGGUGCUGGGCUGCCCCGGGACCCUGUAAAACUGGCGGAAAUUGCCACGACGACGACGAACAGGCUCUGGAGGGGUCUUGUCGACAAGUUCAACGAGUUCAACGUCGCGGAGGACGAGUUCGACGACAAGCAGAAGAAGGACCGGCGGUACAAGGAGUACUACAUCAAAGAGGCCUACGAUUUCGACGAGGAUGAGAUAGAAGAGGAGUCGCGCAAAGAGAUGUCCUUCGCACGGGGGAAACCGCGUAGAGAAGCUCCAGAAUCCAGCACCCAUCGUAUGUAA